AGUCAACUUGCCGCGAUUACGGCAAAAGGUGAAAGACAGAAGUUUACAUACGGAGACGCAGUCGCGACAUUUUAUGGGUUCAUUGGUUAGUCGAAGCGUUCCAGCAAACAUGAGCGGUCCCGUAGCAGAAUUUGUGAAGAGUGCUAUCGCGAAGGAUAAGGUGGUAAUCUUUUCCAAGACCUACUGCCCGUACUGUACCAUGGCAAAGGAGCCAUUCAAAAAGCUGAACCAAGAAUACGCUUGUUACGAGCUCGACAAACGGAACGAUGGCGAUGAGAUGCAAUCUGUGCUGGGCGAGCUGACCGGUGGAAGGACGGUUCCGCGAGUGUUUAUCGAUGGUAACUUUGUCGGCGGUGGUACAGACAUCAAGAAGAUGUACGACGAUGGUCGGUUACAAAAAAUGUUAGCCUAAAAUCCCUUCUAUCUACAAAGUGUAAACACAAUUUAUUUAGUCUCUCUUGAAAAAAAAUGUCCCCUUGUGCACAAUUACAAUAAAAAAGAAACAAUUAUUUGUUAGAUAAGAAUUGUAAAUAGAAUUCCGCUUCCAAGA